GGCGGGGGUCGGUGCCUGCGGGGCUCUGCGUGGCCGCUCGGGAGAGGUACUCUUUGCGCAGGCUCUCCCGGAGACUUGAGGUGGGGCGCGCAGGCAUGCAUGGGGCCUGUUCGUCCUUGUUUUGGGGAUGAUCCUAAGGGGAGAAAGAGGGAUACUUUGGGUGCCUGGAGUCUAGGGACGGUUACCUACGUGCGCAAGGGCUGCUGAUUAGGGCAGGGAAGGCUCGCUAGAAUGAGCUCUUAAACUAGUUGGGUGUAAGCGUUUAUGGGUUGGUCUAAACCAAACAACCGAGAAUCAACGGGGGGUGCCUGCAGGUUGAGAGAGUACCUGGCUGCAAAUGUCCGGUAGUGAUGGAUUGCCUUGUAGGCCCCAGAGCAAUCAGGGGAGUUAGCAUUCUUAUUCAAGAAGCUGCUGGUUCACUUAGCGCUGUAAGAAGGGUGUGAGUUUGGGAUUUUCUUUCAAACAUUCAGGGUUGAGGUUGGAGCUGGUGGUGAGGGAUCAUGUAAAGAGGUUUGAGUGGCUGCCUUAGGUCCUGGGGUGGAAAGCUUAUUUUGGUGUCACGUGUCUAUGGGAAUUAUUAAGAAUGUGGUGUACCCUCAUGAGAAGAGCUCUGAAGCCAUUGCUGUUCUUCCUCCCUGUGUGGAAAAUCGAAUUUCUGGAAACAUCCUCUGUGUUGGAGAUUUUGCAUAUGUAAAGGCUAUCCUUAUUGGCUAGUGGCACAAAUUAAAAGUAGGAUGGAAGUACAGUAGUAUCUGAAGCAUUAUUCGGUUUCGAGCUCACUUCUGUGGAAAAGAAUUUUAAGGCAGUGGUCUAGACUUUCCAGGGAAGUUACUGCUUGGCUGUGUCCCUCUAGUCCUAAUUUUAUACUUAACUUUCCCCACCUCCUUCAGCUUCAUCUGUUUCAAUGGUGCAACUCUCUUCAUCCCCUUUUGGUUACCAGUCACCUUCAGGCCACUCAGAGGAGGAAAGAGAGGGGAAUAUGAAGUCGGCCAAGCCCCAAGUGAACCACAGUCAGCAUGGGGAAAGCCAGCGGGCCUUGAGCCCCCUGCAGUCUACUCUGAGUUCUGCUGCAUCUCCUUCCCAAGCAUAUGAGACCUAUAUUGAAAAUGGACUCAUAUGCCUUAAACACAAAAUUAGAAACAUCGAGAAAAAGAAGCUCAAACUGGAAGAUUAUAAGGAUCGCCUGAAAAGUGGAGAGCAACUUAAUCCAGACCAGUUGGAAGCAGUAGAAAAAUAUGAAGAAGUGCUACAUAAUUUGGAAUUUGCCAAGGAGCUUCAGAAAACCUUUUCUGGGUUGAGCCUAGAUCUACUAAAAGCGCAGAAGAAGGCCCAGAGAAGGGAGCACAUGUUAAAACUUGAGGCUGAGAAGAAAAAGCUUCGAACUAUACUUCAAGUUCAGUAUGUAUUACAGAACUUGACACAGGAACAUGUACAAAAAGACUUCAAAGGGGGUUUGAAUGGUGCAGUGUAUUUGCCUUCAAAAGAACUUGACUACCUCAUUAAGUUUUCAAAACUGACCUGCCCUGAAAGAAAUGAAAGUCUGAGUGUUGAAGACCAGAUGGAGCAGUCAUCCUUGUACUUUUGGGACCUUUUGGAAGGUAGUGAGAAAGCAGUGGUAGGAACGACAUACAAACACAUGAAAGAUCUACUGUCUAAAUUGCUGAACUCAGGCUAUUUUGAAAGUAUCCCAGUUCCUAAAAAUGCCAAGGAAAAAGAAGUACCACUGGAGGAAGAAAUGCUAACACAGUCCGAAAAAAAACCACAAUUAUCGAAGGCUGAAUCUGUCAAAGAGCCAGAGUCUCUAAUGGAAUUUGCACAGCCAGAGAUACAACCACAAGAGUUUCUUAACAGACGCUAUAUGACAGAAGUAGAUUAUUCAAACAAACAAGGCGAAGAGCAACCUUGGGAAGCAGAUUAUGCUAGAAAACCAAAUCUCCCCAAACGUUGGGAUAUGCUUACUGAACCAGAUAGUCAGGAAAAAAAACAGGAAUCCUUCAAGUCCUGGGAGUCUCCUGGUAAGCACCAGGAGGUAUCCAAGCCUGCAGUUUCCUUAGAACAGAGAAAACAAGAUACCCCAAAACUCAGGUCUAGUGUACCAGAAGAGCAGAAGAAGCAGGAGAUCUCCAAAUCUAAGCCAUCUCCUAGCCAGUGGAAGCAGGAAACUCCUAAAUCCAAAGCAGGAUAUGUUCAAGAGGAACAAAAGAAGCAGGAGACACCAAAGCCAUGGCCGGUUCAGCUGCAGAAAGAACUAGAUCCAAAGAAGCAAACUCCAAAGUCUUGGACACCUUCUGUGCAGAGUGAACAGAACACCACCAAGUCAUGGACCACUCCCAUGUGUGAAGAACAGGAUUCAAAACAGCCAGAGACUCCAAAAUCCUGGGAAAACAAUGUUGAGAGUCGAAAACACUCUUUAACAACACAGUCACAGAUUGCUCCGAAGUCCUGGGGAGUAGCUACAGCAAGCCUCAUACCAAAUGACCAGCUCCUGCCCAGGAAGUUUAAUACAGAACCCAAAGAUGUGCCUAAGCCUAUGCAUCAGCCUGUAGGUUCUUCCUCUACCCUUCCGAAGGAUCCAGUAUUGAGGAAAGAAAAACUGCAGGAUCUGAUGACUCAGAUUCAAGGAACUUGUAACUUUAUGCAAGAGUCUGUUCUGGACUUUGACAAACCUUCAAGUGCAAUUCCAUCGUCACAGCCGCCUUCAGCUACUCCAGGUAGCCCCGUAGCAUCUAAAGAACAAAAUUUGUCCAGUCAAAGUGAUUUUCUUCAAGAGCCAUUACAGGCUACUUCUUCUCCAGUUACUUGUAACUCAAAUGCUUGCUUGGUUACUACUGAUCAGGCUUCUUCUGGAUCUGAAACAGAGUUUAUGACCUCAGAGACUCCUGAGGCAGCAAUUCCCCCAGGCAAGAAAGCGUCUUCACUAGCUUCUGCAAAUCCUUCCAUGGCAAAGGGCUCUGAACAGGGCUUCCAGUCACCUCCAGCAAGUAGUAGUUCAGUAACCAUUAACACAGCACCCUUCCAAGCCAUGCAGACAGUGUUCAAUGUUAAUGCACCUCUGCCUCCACGAAAAGAACAAGAAAUAAAAGAAUCCUCUUAUUCACCUGGCUACAAUCAAAGUUUUACUACAGCAAGUACACAGACGCCACCCCAGUGCCAACUGCCAGCUAUACAUGUAGAACAAACUGUCCUUUCUCAAGAGACUGCAGCAAAUUAUCAUCCCGAUGGAACUAUUCAAGUAAGCAAUGGUAGCCUUGCCUUUUACCCAGCACAGACGAAUGUAUUUCCCAGACCUACUCAGCCAUUUGUCAAUAGCCGGGGAUCUGUUAGAGGAUGUACUCGUGGUGGGAGAUUAAUAACCAAUUCCUAUCGGUCCCCUGGUGGUUAUAAAGGUUUUGAUACUUACAGAGGACUCCCUUCCAUUUCCAAUGGAAAUUAUAGCCAGCUGCAGUUCCAAGCUAGAGAGUAUUCUGGAUCACCUUAUUCCCAAAGGGAUAAUUUCCAGCAGUGCUAUAAGCGAGGAGGGACAUCUGGUGGUCCACGAGCAAAUUCAAGAGCAGGGUGGAGUGAUUCUUCUCAGGUGAGCAGCCCAGAAAGAGACAACGAAACCUUUAACAGUGGUGACUCUGGACAAGGAGACUCCCGUAGCAUGACCCCUGUGGAUGUGCCAGUGUCAAAUCCAGCAGCCACCAUACUGCCAGUACAUGUGUACCCCCUGCCUCAGCAGAUGCGAGUUGCCUUCUCAGCAGCCAGAACCUCUAAUCUGGCCCCUGGAACUUUAGACCAACCUAUUGUGUUUGAUCUUCUUCUGAACAACUUAGGAGAAACUUUUGAUCUUCAGCUUGGUAGAUUUAAUUGCCCGGUGAAUGGCACUUAUGUUUUCAUUUUUCACAUGCUAAAGCUGGCAGUGAAUGUGCCACUGUAUGUCAACCUCAUGAAGAAUGAAGAGGUCUUGGUAUCAGCCUAUGCCAAUGAUGGUGCUCCAGACCAUGAAACUGCUAGCAAUCAUGCAAUUCUUCAGCUCUUCCAGGGAGACCAGAUAUGGUUACGUCUGCACAGGGGAGCAAUUUAUGGAAGUAGCUGGAAAUACUCUACGUUUUCAGGCUAUCUUCUUUAUCAAGAUUGAGAGUCAUUACAGUAUUGACAAUAAAAGGAUGGUGUUCUAAUUAGUGGGAUUGAAGGAAAAGUAGUUCUUGUUCUCAUGACCAAUUGGUUUAGGAAAAUGUUUUCAUUCCUAGAGGAAGGAGGAGGUCCUUACUUUUUUGUUUUCCUUCCUAAGGUGAAAAAUCAAGCUGAAUGACAAUUAGCACUAAUCUGGCACUUUAUAAAUUGUGAUGUAGCCUCGCUAGUCAAGCUGUGAAUGUAUAUUGUUUGCACUUAAUCCUUAACUGUAUUAACGUUCAGCUUACUAAACUGACUGCCUCAAGUCCAGGCAAGUUACAAUGCCUUGUUGUGCCUCAAUAAAAAAGUUAAUGCGC